UGAGACGGAGUUUCACUCUUGUUGCCCAGGCUGGAGUGCAAUGGCACGAUCUCGGCUCACCGCAACCUCUGCCUCCCAGGUUCAAGCGAUUCUCCUGCCUCAGCCUCCCUAGUAGUUGGGAUUAUAGGCAUGUGCCACCACGCCCAGCUAAUUUUUGUAUUUUUAGUAGAAACGGUGUUUCUCCAUGUUGGUCAGGCUGGUCUCGAACUCCUGACCUCAAGUGAUCCGCCCGCCUCGGCCUCCCAAAGUGCUGGGAUUACAGGCGUGAGCCACUGCGCCCGGCCCACACCCAGAAUUUGCCUGUCCCCCGAAGGAAGCUCCAACAGCUGUCAAGCCUGAGCAUCCAGACCCUAAAGCAAAGAGAAAUGGGCCGGGAGGAAUGGAGUGACAGGGCGGGGCCCAUUUGCCUAGAGGUGCUUUGGGCUGCCUGGUCACAGAGGGUGACUCAUUCCCCCAGAGAGGAGGGGAGUGGCACCAAGGGACCAUUGGGCUGGGCAGGGGAGCCUUUGUGGAGAGAGCCUGUCCCUGCCUUAAGUGCCUGCUGGACCCUGGGAGCCUGGGCUGGGGCCUGCGCACUGCUUCCUCCUUGGCCCCUCAGGCCCUUGGAAGCAGAGAGAGAACCUCCUGCAGAUCCCAGGCUCAUCCCCGGCGCAGCAGACACCAAGAAGGUGGCCAGAGCCUCACUGAGUCCACCCGACGGCUGCCCACCCACCCAGGCAGGAGCCAUGGAUAAAUUCCGCUUGCUCUUCCAGCACUUCCAGUCAAGCUCGGAGUCGGUGAUGAAUGGCAUCUGCCUGCUGCUGGCUGCGGUCACCGUCAAGCUGUACUCCUCCUUUGACUUCAACUGUCCCUGCCUGGCGCGCUACAAUGUGCUCUACGGCCUGGGCCUGCUGCUCACGCCCCCGCUCGCCCUGUUUCUCUGUGGCCUCCUCGCCAACCGGCAGUCUGUGGUGAUGGUCGAGGAGUGGCGCCGGCCCGCAGGACACCGGAGGAAGGACCCAGGCAUCAUCAGGUACAUGUGCUCCUCUGUGCUGCAGAGGGCGCUGGCCGCCCCCCUGGUCUGGAUCCUGCUGGCCCUCCUUGACGGGAAGUGCUUCGUGUGUGCCUUCAGCAGCUCUGUGGACCCUGAGAAAUUUCUGGACUUUGCCAACAUGACCCCCAGCCAGGUACAGCUCUUCCUGGCCAAGGUUCCCUGCAAGGAGGAUGAGCUGGUCAGGGAUAGCCCUGCUCGGAAGGCAGUGUCUCGCUACCUGCGGUGCCUGUCACAGGCCAUCGGCUGGAGCGUCACCCUGCUGCUGAUCAUCGCGGCCUUCCUGGCCCGCUGCCUGAGGCCCUGCUUCGACCAGACAGUCUUCCUGCAGCGCAGAUACUGGAGCAACUACGUGGACCUGGAGCAGAAGCUCUUCGACGAGACCUGCUGUGAGCAUGCGCGGGACUUCGCGCACCGCUGCGUGCUGCACUUCUUCGCCAGCAUGCAGAGUGAGCUGCAGGCGCGGGGGCUGCGCCGGGACAAUGCAGGCGGGAGCCUCGAGCCCCCUGCAGUGCCUGAGCCCCCAGAAGACCUGGACAGUGGAAGUAGGAAGGCCCACCUGCGCGCAAUCUCCAGCCAGGAGCAGGUGGACCGCCUCCUAAGUACCUGGUACUCCAGCAAGCCGCCGCUGGACCUCGCUGCAUCCCCCGGGCUCUGCGGGGGUGGCCUUAGCCACCGCGCCCCUACCUUGGCACUGGGCACGAGGCUGUCCCAACACACCGACGUGUAGAGUCCUGGCCAGGCUUGAAGCGGCAGUGUUCACAGGUGAAAUGCCGCGCUGACAAAGGUCUGGAGUCUUUCCAGGCCGUGGGGACCCCACGGCAGGCACCCUAACUCUUGUUAGCCUCCUUUUUAAAGUAGCCCAAUCUCUGCCUAGUUUCUGGGUGUAGCCUCCAGUGUGCUUCACAAACUUUAAUGUGGACUCGGUUCACCGAGGGCCUUGUUAAAUACAGGUUCAGACAGUGUAGCCAGGACCGAGUCUGAGAUUCUGCAUUUUAAACAAGCUCCUGGAGGCUGAUGUGCUUUCGGUCAGUGAACCAAACUUUGAGUAGCAAGAAUCUAAAUAAAUCUGCCAUGGGUUCUGGGUUCCAGAUGUCAAUUCUAAAUAACAAUAAUGGCCUUAGUCUGCUGCCUCGAUA